AUGAUCGAAGUAAAACAAAGCCAGACCGCCAAGUUUUUGAAGGAUACGAUUCUUGAGAUUUUGCAAUCAUACGAGGUUUCAAUCGAUCAAAUCCUGUCUGUCACAACCGACAAUGGAGCCAACAUGAUAGCCGCCGUGAAAAUGCUACAGAAAAUUUCAGCGGUUUUUGGAGUUUCACCCGAAACCCUCUUGGAAGAUGAAGGACACCAAUGUAAUGAGAAGGAAAUUGAAUUAUUGGAUUCACUUGCUUCUGAGUUUGAUCCUCUACUAUGUCUCACCCGGUGUGCAAGUCACACACUACAGCUGGCAGUUGGAGACGUAGUAAAGAAAAACGAUCCCAACAUUCGCAGGAUUACGGACCUUGUUAAAGAAUCGCGGAAAAAUAAAUACUGCCUUUUUUUCGAGCUCAAGCAAGCCUCCAAGGCUCCUUUGUGGUCUUCUACAAGAUGGGGAGGUCGAUACAAAAUGAUCGAAUCGAUAGUUCAGCAAGAAAAGUUUUAUACCGAGUUGGCUCAAGAUUACAAAGAAAUUGAGAUCACAAACGACGACUGGAAGUUCAUGAAAGACUUUAUUGAAGCAUUCUCUCCGGUGUAUACUUUAACAAAUGAUUUACAGAUGAAGCACGUUACACUCAGUGACUUUUACAUGCAAUGGUUGCAAGCGAUACGAUCAGUUGAGAGUCAUAACAAUAAUCCACUGUGCCCAAGUUUGUCGUUAGCACUUAAGAACCGACUGAAAAAACUUCAAGAAAACAAGCUUUUCCUUGCUGCAGUUUUCCUCGACCCGCGGUUUAAUUUUCUUGGCUCAAGUAUUUUUCCAUCAGCCGACGAUAAAGAAUCUGUACAGAGCUUUAUUGUAAACGUCUGGGAGAGGAUAAACAAGAUUAAAAAACCGUCAACAUCUGCUGAAGUGCCAAUGCGCCAAAGUAACGUCCAGAAGGCAGAUGAAAUGGACGAUUACUUAACACAGCUGUUUGGAAGUUCGGAGACCACAUCUGCAAAUAUCGCUUCUUCUUUUCAACAACAGCUCCAUCAUCUCAACAUCGAAAAUAGGCAACCUCAUCACUACGACGUCUGGAGCCAUUGGCUCGCUCGGAAGCACAGCCAUCCGGAACUGUUUGAAGUUGCUAUGGUCGUACUCUCUGGAUCGUCUAGCCAAGUAUCCGUUGAACGUGCAUUUAGUGCACUUGCACUAGUUCUAUCCGAUUUACGCACUGGGCUGUCAGAAGAGGCAUUACAAGAUAUUUUGAUGAUCAAACUCAACAAAGAAAUCUUUGAAAAGAUCAUCCCGACCAUGUAUGAUUGGAAAGUCGAGCUCGCUGAUAGAUCUGAAACUUAA